GGUGUGAACAAUUUAGAAACGACUGUUAGAUUUCGAGAGGAAUAUAGUUGCAAUUUAUAGAGCGAAGAACACUCACUCGGUUGUAAUUCACCGCGUUGUUUAAUUUAUCGCUUUCGAUGAGGGUUAUAAAUUUGCUUGCUUUGUCAUUUCAGCUCCUUACGAAUUAGAAAGCAAGGACCUCGCGGCCGUUCAUUGUGUGAUUAAUACAGCCUGCCAGAGAAUGCGUUUGCGGCCUGAAAGAUGGAUCUGCUGCGUCUGCAUCACCAGCCCUCACAGAGGCAUCUUGGGAGCACUUUUCCUUUCAUUCCCCACCCAGGCCAUCUGUUCACGUGACCCGCGAGCACAGCCCAUCGGACGGCCAUUUUGGUUUACGCCCAACGCAGUGCGCACGGCCGGUCUCUCCAGUGCGCGCCCAGGUUGACCAGCGUGGUGGAAGGCACUCCCUUCCGUGCGGGUGGCAGGCUCCGAAAGCCUUCCGGCUGCCGGGCGCUCGGGAGCGGCGAGUCGAGCGUCGAGGGGGCCCGGGGAGCUCUUUGUCAUCGCAGCGGUGACUUGAACCCCUCCCUGGUCUGCGGGGGAGAAGAGAAGGGGAGGACCCAGAGGGGCAGAGCAAAGAACAGCAUCCUUUUUGUCCUGCUGCACUGCUUGGGAGGGAGGUCGCCGUCAGCGCUCUCCUCCGUCCCCUCCCCGUUGUUUUCCUCCAGCUCCGGGGCACCCGGGACAUCACGCACCGCAGAAGUUGUCCGUUUUUUUUUCUUCUUCCUUCUUCUGCGCUUGGCCGAGCGGACGGAGUUUUGUGCCGGAUUGUUUUUAUGCGCGCGUCGUGCGAAGGUGAGCGUGAGUGCGCCGUGGUACCCGCUGAGUCAUCAUCAUCAUGUCUGAUCUGACGCCUCAGAGCGAUGCCCCCACCCCCACCACGGACAAGAUCACGCAGGCCGCCAGGGAGACCAUCUACCUGUGCAACUUUCGUGUCUCUGUGGACGGGGAGUGGCUGUGCCUGCGGGAGCUCAACGACAUCUCCCUCACACCCGACCCGGAGCCGGCCCAUGAGGACUCAUGGGAGGAUUUCACAGAUUUGGUGGAGCAAAUGCAAAUGCUUGAUGAGUUUGAAGAUCCCAAGGAUCCCAUCGCCAUUGAAAGGCUCAACCUUAUGAACAUGGCCAAGCUUAGCAUUAAGGGACUCAUUGAAUCUGCUCUCAACUUGGGCCGGACUCUGGACUCGGACUAUGCCCCUCUCCAGCAGUUCUUUGUCGUCAUGGAGCACUGUCUGAAACAUGGGCUGAAAACCAAGAAGACGUUCCUUGGACAGAACAAGUCCUUCUGGGGCCCUUUGGAACUGGUGGAGAAACUAACCCCUGAAGCAGGUGAAAUUACGGCUAGCGUGAAGGACCUCCCUGGUCUAAAAACACCAAUAGGACGUGGUCGAGCCUGGCUUCGUCUGGCUUUGAUGCAGAAGAAGCUGUCAGAUUACAUGAAGACUCUGAUAAACAGAAAGGACCUGCUCAGUGAAUUCUAUGAAGCGAAUGCUCUGAUGAUGGAGGAGGAGGGGGCUGUGAUCGCCGGGCUUCUGGUGGGCCUGAAUGUCAUCGAUGCAAAUCUCUGCAUGAAGGGAGAAGAUCUGGACUCUCAGGUUGGAGUCAUAGAUUUCUCUAUGUAUCUAAAGGACGGCGGCCCUAGUGUCAAGAGCACAGAGGGUGAUGGACAGAUCACCGCAAUACUUGACCAGAAGAAUUAUGUUGAGGAACUGAACAGACAUUUGAGUGCUUCCGUGAACAAUCUCCAGGCAAAAGUGGAUGCGCUAGAAAAAUCAAACACAAAGCUAACAGAAGAACUUGCAGUUGCAAACAAUAGGAUCAUAACUCUCCAGGAAGAUGUAGAACGAGUAAAGGAAGAAAGCUCUCAGCUUCUGGAAUCCACUUGCAAGGUGGUGAAAGCAGACCUGAGUGCAGAUGGGCAGAUACUUGGUGAAGCCAGAAAGCAACUAAAGGAAGAAACUCGAUUGCGUUUGGAUGCAGAGAAAGAGCUGGAGUUGCACAUUGGUAUGAAGCAGGAGAUGGAGGUGUCCAUGAAGAUGCUGGAGAAGGAUAUCUGUGAGAAGCAGGAUGCCCUGCUGGCUCUGCGGCAGCAGUUAGAGGAGCUACGGAAGCUCAACCAGGAGCUCUCAGUCAAGUCGCAGAACUCUGAUGCAGCAAUGAAACAGAAGAGUGAGAUCAUCAGUCGCUUGGAUGAGACAGCAAACCAGAUGGUGGGGACCAUUAAGCAACUGGAACUGAGUGAAAAAGAUAUGGUGAAACAGGCCAGAAGCCUUAAUUCUGCAGCAGAAAAACUCAUCCAGAAGCAGCAUUAGGCCAGAAAGAAACUGAACAGUUUCAUAACUUCAGUACUAAAUUUGUUUUUGAAUUAUAGUGCAAUAUAGAUAGGUUUAAAUUAUAAUAUUUAUUUUUAAGUAAAAUUUCUCUCUUGAUUUCUUUUAUCGUAGAAUAUGUUUCCUGGUCUCCCAAGAGCUCUUUGGCAUCUGCUUUGAUUAUUAGCUAUGAAACCACACUCUUUCCCUGGUUGCCCCAUUAGUUCUAUACACAGUGGCAAAGGAAUGAAUCCAUUUCACAACUUAAGUCAUGGAGAGACAGUACUUCCUACUGUUGUGAAUAGUUUAGUUUCUGGUCAUUUCUCCUGGACAUUCAUUUGUUGCUUUUUUCACAACAGUCCAGCUAAUGUAAAAAUGGAUGUGGCUCUGUUUCAAUUUAUGGCAACUCACCUUGCUUUUCUCCGACGUCACCCUGGAAAAGACAAUGUCUUGCAGACUGCUACUGAGGGGCAUUCUGGGAGGUUUCUGAGUAAUAAAAGAAUAUACGUGCCAUCAAAUACCAAGAUAUAAACUGAGCUAGAUGCAAUUUGUUGGGUGUGUAUGCACUGCAUAGAUUUUUUUUUUUUGUCCAGAAAAUAGCAGUUUUAUUUUUAUUUGUUUAUUUAAAAAGGGAAAAAAAAAAAAAAAAAAAAAAAAAACAAAGACAGAGCUUCAUAUUCGGACAAGAUAUUUUCUGGUUAAACACAAUAGUCCUUUCUAAACAUUCAUUUGGCAAUAGAUAUCUCAGCUGAGUCCUAAGUAAAGGUACUUUGGGAGAACUGAUACCAAAAAUAAAUGUCACACUCUCUGUUUGGGAGCAUUUUGAAUACAUUUUAUAGUCCGAUGCUUACUUGAACUUAUGUAUAUAAGUUCAUAAUUUCUUGCUUUGCAGCAAACGUUCUUAACUUCCCUGUUUCAAAGACUGUUGCUUUUAUUGCUGAUCCCAUGUGCAGCGUGGCUGGUUAGACUGAUGUCUCUUCAGCUAAAGCGUAUGCGUGAAUAGGGAGGUUCAUCAGAAAGUGAAUUUUAGUGUUUAACUAACAAAAGCAAAGUGAACUACUCAGAUCUUGGUUUCAGUUUCCUGUUUGCUAAUGAAUCAUGUGCCUGAAUUACAUUACUAACCAAUAUCAACUGCUACUGUGUCUUAGACCUGGUGUUCAGAACACAAGAAACCCGAUAGCUGCAGAACGUACACUCGAACAAUCAAAAUCAAUAUGUUUUACCGUUUGUAAGAAAGCUGUUGUUGGCCUCCUAAUGUAUUGACAGCGUAAGGGAGAUGUGGAAAAUGUUUGGUCAUUUAACAUAGAUGUAAACUGUAGUAAAAUACCACAAUAAAAAGAAAUAAACAUG